UUGUCCCUCCCAAUACAUUAACCUAACCAACAGUACUUGUUGUUAGAUCAUAGGAGCGGCUGAAAGCCGCGUAUAUGCUGCGGUGUAGAACACCUCCAUUGCUCGCCAUCAGGAUGCUCUCAUCGUCACCAUCAUAUUCCGCAAACCCUAACCCCAGAUUACCUUUACUCCCCACCUCUCUAAUUCCUCAACCGUCCCUGUCCCACCACCACCACCACCACCACCAUCAUCGUCCUCUCUUCUCCAACUCUAUUCGCGGCCUCCCUCGAACCCAAACCAUGACCAUUUCCAGAAGCCUCCUGUCUGGGCCCACCACCGGCCCAAUUCCAGUUUCGACCGGACCCGAACCCGGUUCCGAUGACUCGGAAUCCCAAUCUCUCGUGGUCGUUUCCUUCUACAAGUUCGCCGAUUUCCCCGACCAUGCCGAUAUGCGAAAACCCCUGAAGGACCUCUGCCAGCAACUGCGUGUUUCAGGUGGUAUUAUACUGGCGCCUGAAGGAAUCAAUGGCAGCAUUUGUGGUACUCGGGAAUCAGUGGAAACAGUUCUUGGAUUCAUUCAAAGUGAUAACCGGCUAAAGGGGCUAAGACAAGUGGAAUCACCCGUGAGUCCUGAGGAAGAAGCUAUCCAUCAUGGACACACUAGCAGUUCUCCCCUUGCAGCAGGGGAGGAUGCACCCUUCCGAUGGGAUCAUGUGAGGGUCAAGUUGAAGAAAGAGAUUGUUACUCUCGGAAUGCCUAGUGUAUCACCUACUGAGAAGGUAGGAAAAUAUGUUUGUCCAAGGGAUUGGAAUGCAUUGAUCAAUGAUCCAGAUACAGUGGUGAUCGAUGUGCGCAAUGCUUAUGAAACUAGAAUUGGGAAGUUCAAAAGAGCAGUUGAUCCAUGUACAGCUGCAUUCCGGGAAUUCCCAUCUUGGGUGGAGGAUCACUUCCAAGUUUCUAAUUCAGAUGAUGAGCAUUCGAAGGUAAAGGUGAAUGUUCCAAAUGGAAGCACUGAAAAACAAGUGGAGAUUCCAGAGCAAAAAAUGCCUCAGCGGGUUGCGAUGUACUGCACAGGAGGAAUAAGAUGUGAGAAAGCUUCAAGUUUUCUUCUCGGCAAAGGAUUCAAAGAGGUUUAUCAUUUGGAAGGUGGGAUUUUGAAAUACCUCGAGGAAGUAGCAGAAUCAGAGAGCCUCUGGGAGGGUGAAUGCUUUGUGUUUGACAAGCGGGUGUCGGUUGAUCAUGGUUUGGUACAGGGAACUUUCAAGCUUUGCUAUGGGUGCAAGCAACCAGUGAGUGAUGAGGACAUGGAAGCCCCAGAGUGGGAGUAUGGAGUUUCGUGCCCAUACUGUUACUCAUCGAAAUCCGAUGAAGAGAAGGAGAGGGCACGAGCUCGUCAAAGGCAAUUUGAGACAUGGGGCAUCAUAGGUGGCCCAGACAAGGGUCGUCGGCCAACAUCAAAUCCAGCUACAGCUAGUAUUAAGAGUUCUUCCUGGCUUUCUAGUUCAGCUUAGCUAGUGAAAAAAAUGAGGUCGGAUAGAUGGUGUUGUGUUAGCCGUUGGGGACAAUCUCAGAACAACGAAUUCAUGUAAUUUCCGGCUAUCGAAUUCGCCCUUGUCUUUAGAGGAUCACGAGCAUUUUUUUUUUAAAUUUUUUUUAAAUUUUUAAAUGUAUGAGAAUCACGUGUUACUA